GCAGUGACGUCAUAGCGCGGGAAAAUAAGGGGCGCGAAAAUGCUUUGAAGUUCAUUUGAAGACGACUCGAACAGGAUCAACAUGGCUGCGGUGACAGAAAAUACUGCUGCUUCAAGCUCCACUUUCGACGAAGAUGUCAAAAAAUUGAUGGGUAAAGGAAAGGUUCAUUUGGUUUGUAACGAGACUUUGGAGGCUGUCAAAUGCUUCGAAGAAGCGACGAAAAAAUUAGAUGAGAAAUAUGGAGCAUCAGCUGAUGAAUGUGGAGAAGCAUAUUUCUAUUAUGGAAAGUCACUGUUGGAGGUGGCCAGGAUGGAAGGUGGUGUGAUAGGAAAUGCAUUACAAGGAGCAAUCGAUACUGUUCAAGAAAAUGGUGAUGGAGAGGAGAGUACAGACAAGAAGGAUGAAAAAGACAAAGAUGAUAAGAAUACUGAUGCCGAAAAAAAGAAAGACGAAGGUUUGAUUGUUGGACCGGAUAUCGAUGAAAUAGAUGAAGAAGAAAAAGAAAAAAUAGGCCAGGAAGUAACGGAUGCCAUGACUGAAGAUGCAUUCAAAGAAGCAGUACAAGAAGACACUAAAAAAAUGGAAGGAAAACCUUUGGAGAAAAAGGAGAACCAAACUCCUGAAGCACAAGGUGGACAGUCUUUGACUACCACACAAGAGGACACCAAUGAAACCAAUAAAAAUUCUUCAGAGAAAAAGGAGAAAGCUCCGGAAGAAACUAAUGAAGCAGAAAAAACAAUGGCAAAGAAAGAUGAGAAAGAUGAGGCCAAACCAAAAGAACAAGAAGUAACAUCAGAAGACAAGAAAGAAGAAGCACAAGAAGCUGCUGCUGACGAGGAUGAGGAUGGAGAUGAAGGGGCAGAGGAAGAAGAACCCAUGGAGGGAGGAGAAGAAGAAGGCGAGAAUGUUGAAGCAGAACAAACGGAAGAGGAGGAACCAACUAACAUGGAGCUGGCUUGGCAAAUGCUUGAAUUUGCGAGAUUGAUAUUCCAAAAGAAAGAGAGCAAGGAAGGAAAGCUGAUGCUUGCACAGUGUCACCUUAAACUUGGAGAAAUUCAAAUGGAACAAGAGCAAUUCUUAAAUGCAGUAGAAGAUUUUCUCAAGUGUUUGGACCUCCAAAAAGAACAUCUGGAACCAGACAACAGAUUAUUAGCAGAAACAGCAUAUAAUAUUGGCUUAGGGUUCUCGUUCCAGUCCAUGCAUGAGAAAUCUAAAGAAUAUUACAAUCAUGCCCUGGAGACUAUUGAUCUUAGGAUCAAGAAUCUACAGAAAAACAUUGAGGAAGCUGAAUCCAAGAGUAAAGGCAAAGAAAAGGCGACAGAAGAUAACCCAUUGGUUGCAAACAGAAAGGAAUUGCAGGAGUUACAGGAAUUAUACCCUGAAAUCAAAGCCAAGGUUGAUGAUGCUAGUGAAAUGAUGAAACAGGAAAGCAAGAAAGCUGAUGUCAGUUCAUUAAUGGGUAAUGGGGCUUCAACUACUAUUGGAUUUGGAGAUAGUUCUAACAAAGCAGCACCAGUUUCCAUGAUUGCAACAAAGAAGGCACCGGUAGCAGCGACAGACAUCUCCCAUCUGGUGCACCGUAAUAAGGUGGGUGGACAGUCAGUUGCUGCUGGGUCACAAUUAGUGGCCAGUGAGGAAACCAGAAGAGGCUAGUGACGAUGACACAGCUGCAAAAAAACCAUGCCAAGAUACUGACACUCCGAAAGCCAAUGACAAGCCAGCUGAAACUACCAAUGGCAAUACAGAAACGACCAUGCAAGUAACACCAGCGGAAAGCUAAAGCAAUACUCACCUAAUACUGUAUAUAAAAUAUCUAUGAUGAACAGGGAUUGUACGUUUGCCUCCAUGAUAACAAUUUUUGUACCAGAUUAUUAUUUCAUAGGUUGACAUGUAAAACCGUUAUCCAUACUUGUUGGUAACCAUUCUAGUUAGAGUUAACUUGGACAAUUAAUUUAAGAGAAAUGAAUAAAAUAUAUAACAGUUUGUUGAAAAUUGCCAAAGUAUAACUAACAUUGUAAAGUGGUGUAACCUUUUAUGACUAUCGCUGGCUUUCACUUGAUUGACUCUUGUGGAAGACAGCAGCUAUUAUUCGAUAUCAUUUUGCAACAUUAGGAGAGUUAGUGAUGUAAAUCUUUCAUAAUUAUU